AUGGCCGGCGACCUCGACACUCUCGUCGAGAUGGGCUUCGACAAGGAAAAGGCGCAGAUCGCGAUAAAGAAGGGCGGUAAUCUCCAAGGCGCCAUCGACUGGCUUGACAAGAAUGCCGACAAGUCUGUCGAGGAGCUGAAGGCAGACGAUGCAGGCUUCGAGGACGAGGAGGGCGCACCACAACUACAGGCGGGCGAGUCGGCGAGGAGCAUGAUUUGCAACGAGUGCAGUAAGAAGUUCCGCAGCAUGGCACAAGCCACCUUCCACGCCGAGAAGAGUGGCCACACCGACUUUGCCGAGAGCACAGAGGAGAUCGCACCUCUGACCGAGGAAGAGAAGGCAGCGCGUCUACAAGAGCUGAAGGAGAAGCUUGCGAUCAAGCGGGCAGGGCAGGCGAAGGAGGACAAGCUCGCGCAGAAGCGGAAUGACGAGAUAAAGAAGAAGAUCACGAAGGAGACUGAGGAGGCGAAGGAGGAUCUGCAGCGGAAGGAGCAGAUCAAGGAGGCCAUGAAGAAGAAGCAGGAGAAGGCCGACGACAUCGCAGCCAAGAAGCGUGUCAAGGAAAAGAUCGAGGCCGACAAGCUCGCCCGAAAGCAGAAGCAAGAGGAGGAAAAGGCUAUGCGCAACAACCCAGCUGCCUUCAACCCUGGCGCCGCUGCCGCUACUCCUGCCACUGGUGGCAUUCAAGCUGCCACAGCACCCAAGGCAAAUCACUCCGAGGCACGUCUUCGUCUGCAGACAGCUAGUGGCAAUGUGAUGACGACGCUGCCGGCUGAGACCACACUCUUCGAGGUCGCCGAAGCCGUCAAGAAGGAGAACGGCACUCAAGUCAACUCCUUCGUCAGCAACUUUCCCAGGAAGGAGUUCAAGUACGAAGACUUCGGCAUGACUCUAAAAGAAGCUGGGCUCGUACCAUCAGCUGCAUUGAUGUGCAGAUAG